AUGCUGACGGAUGCAGCGAUGGCGCAGGCAAGUCACCUAAGCCCAGUGGAUCUCUGCUCUCUUCUCGUGCGGGAUGUAAAGCAUUCGGUAUUAGGAAGAAGGGAAAUGGGAAUACGUUUCGGAACUACAUCACACGGGUUUACCCGAAUCCAACCAAGUACAAAGUAUCAUUGCCUUCAUUGGUCGUGCCCUGAUAUUAUGCAACCACCAGCGAUGUGCUUCCCUGUUGUAGGGGAUCAUCUUUCCAUGGAGAUGAUAGGUGACCUACUUCGUCUAGUGAAUAAGAGUGGUAGUGUUUCUUUUUUUCUCCCAAAGAAAGGGAAUCAUCGUUUUCUUGGACUCUUACGUCUUAUUCGAGGUAGUGAUGGCGUAUUUACGAUAAAUACUACUAAAGCUCAGGAAUCAUGGUCAUUUCAGACGCAAUUUAUAACAGAAGAAGAAAAAUGCUGUGAUACCUCCGCAAAUGCUAUUGAGCUUUUCACAAGGAAGUUGGUUAUGUGGAUUUUUAGAUACUAUUCUCUUCAAAACGACAAACAACUUACUCUUCCUCAGUUAGAGUUAGCAUUUCCACUUUUAACUGCAAUGGAUAUGCAAGAACGCCGUCGUUUUCUGAGUGGGGCUUUAACUCGUUUUGCUGGAGGACUUUUAUCAUUUUAUGAUGAUCGUGUAAUCUCACUAAGGAAUAUCCCGAUUAGUGCAUGUGGUCUACUUUCAAUGGAAGAAGUUCAUGUUGUGACAUCUGUAGAACAGGCAUCUGUUGCAUUUAUUUUCAAGUGUCAGAUGCGACAUGAUGAAGUAUUGAAUGGAUUACAAACGAUUUUAGAUUGUUGGGGAAAACGUGGUUAUGCUUUUCCAUCUUCACUUAUUCGACAAGCUAUCGCUGUCCUCUUGUCACAUGUAAUAGGAACCUGCGCCUUGCUACAGAGUGCAUUAAAGGGUUGGGUGCGCCCCUUUGUUCUUCAUCAUCUACAAACAUUCAUGAGAACAUGUCACGGACCGAUAGCGACAAAACUUAGCACGUUAUUAAAAUCGAUAAAGACGCAGAAAACAUCUAAAGGAAUUUCAUUUAAGAUAUUGGUAGAUGAUAUUGUGAAUCAAGAGUUAUUUACUGCUGGAUCUCCAGCCUUAUGUGAUUUACAAAAACAUAAACAUCUAGAAAAGGAGGUGGAUAAUAUGAAGGAAGGGUUUGAAGUUACACCAGACGGUGGAUAUAUAUUUGACUCUGUGUUACCUGUUACCCAUAGUGUCUCGGGUUUGGCAUGGAAGAUUACUCGAGAUUCCUGUCGUUAUACGACUAUUUCGCUUCCAGAUGCACCGCCUACAUCAAAUGAUGAACUGAUUGGUACACCAGCGGACCUAAUCUUUUCUACUGCACUCUUUUCCGGUGGACGACUCCAUCUUUCGCAACCACUUUUUAAAUAUGCUGUAGAAGCUGAGCUGUGUUUGAGUUUGAACUUUGGAAAAGUAACUCAAUACGCAGCAGAAGAAGAAGAUGAUGUAUGGCAGAGUACGAGGAAAAGGAGGCGUGAGCGAAGAUUAUUAUAA